CCGCGCUGCUUCAAGAGUUGCUGAGCUGCCGAGGAGGCGCUCACUUCCGCAUCGGGCCCCGCGGUGUCUGGCGGCCGCACCAAGGGCCGGGCGGGCCGCAGAGGGGGACCAGGACUACCAUUGUUUUGCAGUUUUUGAAAGUGUUUCAAAGCAAAAAUUCAGGUGUCUGGGAGCAAUGGAUUGUCAUAAGGCAGAAGAAGAGAUGUUAGAUAUUCUUCAACUGAACGUGGGUGGCUGUAUUUACACAGCCAGGCGUGAGUCUUUGUGCCGCUUUAAGGACUCCAUGCUGGCAUCAAUGUUUAGUGGUCGUUUUCCUCUAAAAACAGAUGAAUCAGGGGCUUGUGUUAUUGAUCGUGACGGACAUCUAUUUAAAUACCUUUUGGAUUAUCUUCAUGGAGAAGUUCACAUUCCCACCGAUGAGCAAACCCGCGUUGCUCUGCAGGAAGAGGCUGAUUACUUUGGCAUCCCUUAUCCGUACAGCCUGUCUGACCACUUGGCCAAUGAAAUGGAGACAUAUUCUUUAAGGUCAAAUAUAGAACUUAAAAAGGCUUUAACAGACUUCUGUGAUUCGUAUGGUUUAGUUUGCAAUAAACCAACAGUUUGGGUUCUCCACUAUCUUAACACAUCUGGUGCAAGCUGUGAGAGUAGAAUUAUUGGUGUAUAUGCCACAAAAACUGAUGGAACAGAUGCUAUUGAUAAGCAGCUGGGAGGAAGAAUUCACAGUAAAAGCAUUUUUAAGAGAGAGGCGGGAAAUAAUGUUCAGUACAUUUGGAGCUAUUAUUCAGUAGCAGAAUUGAAGAAAAUGAUGGAUGCCUUUGAUGCCUGGGAAGGAAAAGGUGUCAGCUACUGGCGGGUGCCUCACGAGCUGAUAGAAUGUUGGACUCUGGAAGAGCGGCCUUUACUUGGAAGCCUGCGUCACAUGACCCCAAUUCGAAAGAGGCGACUGAUAGCACUUCACGAAGAGGAAGAAGGUGUAAACUCUAAGAUUGGUCCUAAGCCGGUCAGAUUUAUGGGCCCUUCCACCAGCACCCAAAUUAAAGUCAAGAACUCUGCUUCGAUCAGGGUGUCUCCCACCAGUGCCCUCCAGGCCUGGUCCCAGGCCACCGCAAACCAGUCUCCAGACAGCAGUACAGCUCAGUGCUCCGCACCAUCGAAAACCCCAUCCCUGGUGGGUGCUGGGCUACCUGGGCACUUCCUGGCUUCUGGUGGGACCGGGAGUGCGGAAAACGGAGCCACAUACACUCCUCCAGCUAAGGUCCUGCUCUCUGACAAGAAGGCCACCCCACAUCGAGUGAUAAAGCUGAAACGGACUCCACUGUGCGCCGCUGUGCCUCCGCUGCCUGCCUGCACAGCAGUGAGGCCCGAGGGGGCCCCAGAGCUGCUGCCCUCCGAAGCACCCACCUUGGGCGUGCGGACCGAAAAUGGGCAGGGCAAGGCUGAUUGACGGAAACGGUGUGCUCAGACGAUCUGGUUGCCUCCCAGAGCUCCCACACCAUUUGAUACGCAUCGGUGGCACUGUUUGUUCAUGCAGUCGAGGUGAAAACUUAAUGUUUCUAUUCAGAAUAAUCACGGGAAAAAUACUAGAUUGUGUGAAGUAGGAAUGGAGGAGGGGAGACUUUAGGUGGUUAGGGCUAUAUUUACUUCUCGUUUUCCCAACUUUUAAAUGAUAAUUUGUCUACAGACAGUUUGAAUUUCAAGUUUCUAAUUGUUUUUUUCUUUCUUCUUCUUUUUUUUAAUGGUUAAUUGGUGUUAAGGCAACAAAACAGUACAGCAAAAUCAUCACUAGAGAAGUUUACUUUGUUGCCAAAGUCAUUAUAGACUUUAGGCACUUCUGUAAUAUUACUCAUUGCAGCCCAGGGAUAGGAGUGAGUUUGGGCUUAGAUAUUCUUAUCGGGUGAAAUAGAGAGGGUGGUGUUAGUGCUUCCUUGUGCUUUUAUCAGAGCCAAGAGAGAUUUGAGAGAAAACGCAGGUCAAGGUGAACUCCCUAUAAGUACUCUCAGUCUGGAAAGGGCACAUGAAAAGAAACGAUGGGGAGGAAAAUAGAGGUAAUAAUUUGAGAUCACACUUGGACUCUCAGUAGAACUAUUUUCUUUCAUAGAUUGGUUUUUCUUACUCUUUUCCGUUAGCAGAUUUAUUUAUACAUCACAAGAUUUCUUGGGAUAAAAACUAUAUAACAGGGCUGGCCGAGUGGCUCAGUUGGUUAAGAGCUCGCUCAAGAGUUUGAGCUCUGAGCAACAGCGGUUCGAGUCC